GACGGUCGACGCGGAACCGACAUCGCACACGAAGAGAACGUCCCGGUCGGAGCGCGCCGCACGUUCGCACAGAGCAUCGCACACCAUCCGAACACAGCGUACACAGCGGACCGGCUUGACCGCUCAGCUCGAAAGAGAGCUGGACGCCCUUGAAGGGCGCAUUCCGAAGAGCCGUCGACGCGCCUCGAGAAGAUCGGCAACUGGUCUCCAGUUACAUCUUCUCCUGCUUCCUUCGCCGCAGCCUGCACCGUAUACGCCAGCGCCUCCACCUACGCGAGCUGGUACUCCUCCAGACGAACGAACCCUAUACCAGCAACUUCAGCAUCGUCUACGCCGGCAUGCUUGGCGCGACCAUCCUGUCCUUGAUGUUACCACUGUCAUGUGGUGUUACGCCGAGCUCGAGGAGAUAUACGAGAGGCCCAUGGGAUAUACGAGCCCCGAGCGAGCUCCCGGAGUGGUGGACGUGGCAGCGCGAGACGUACGUGCCUCCGCACCGAAGCUCGCCCGCCGUUACGCGGGCUCCGUCACCGCUUUUGUACGAUCUCCGGUUGCUUAUGGGCGGGCUCGUGGGACCUGUGUUCGGAACGGUCAUACGGCGAGGGCUUGUCAUUGGCGGUAUACUCGUCUGCCUGUCCUGUACCUAUGGAUGAAGCUCUGUAAGGGGAAGGGACGCCGAGUGUUGAUACGUGUGAGGUUUGGUCUACUGCUGGGUCUAUGCGCGCCCGCGAGAUGGGGAGAGGAUACCCAAGUGGUUAUGGACUUGUAUAGCCAAGAACAGUGGGCCGUACCUAUGAUAGCUACCUAGUACAGACCUACAUAGUGCGCCUCCGUCAAUUUAUCUAUGGUCAUGAGUUUCACAUGUGGCGAGAGACCUCCUUGGUUGCAUUCAUGCUUCGUCGCUCAGCGAGGCACGGAUAAAUAUCGUGACGAAACCGGCGACUCCGUUCUUAGGGACACUGAGAGUACGCCUCGCUCAGCGAUAG